AUGGCCUUAUGGAACAUAACCGAUAAGAGCCCAGAAGUUUGUUGCCGUCUUACUGUUUCGAACAUUCACCGUAUCCUGUUCGAAUUUAUUAACCGCCCUGAACUAAUGGCCCCUACCUGCUGGUGCUUUCCAAAGGCCAGACUGCUUGUUCACUGCUCCAUCGGAAUUCUCCAUAAUAUAAUAAACCAUUCUCCCUGUGUAAGGCGUGACUACCGCCUAUUUGAUGGAGUCCAGAUUCUUGUUGCUUUUACUGCGGACGCACCUGUCUGUAAAAAAACGUCCCAGAAUGAGGUGCUCUCCUGCCGAACUGCCGCCCUGUUCCUUUUAGCUGCAAUUGUGGAUGAAGGGGAAAACGCGAAAAUUCACGCAACGGAUACCCACAUGGUGCACGUCCUUGCCAUGUUGAAGGAUGCUCUGGAUUCUUCUCCGACUCAUUUUUCCUCUAGCCAUGGCUACCACGCUGCUGAAAUUAUUCGAAGUUUGAACAAACUUGCAAGUCCAGACAGCAACAAACGGAGCCUAGUAAAGAAUAAAGCCUUUGAUCUGGCAAAGUACGCUUUGCAGAUUGCCAAAGAUUUAAAGAAACGCCAGGAAGGCGAAAAGGUUGACUCUACAGAUAGUACUACUGAAAAAGCCUAUAGCUACGUAUCAUGUGACUCUCUGGCAGCAAUGACAAUUGAGCUAAUUUGGCAGCUCAGCUUUGUCGCUGAAAGCCGUGAGUACCUUUCACCGUCUUCGGAAUUGAAGCUUUUUUGUGAAAGCUUUGGUGACAAGUCGUGGUCCUCAGAAUGUCAAAAAUCCGUUCAAGGACUUCUAUGGAAUUUAAGUUCACAAACUGAAGGUAUACACUCAGCGGACCUCUCGGCUACAUUUGGCCAACCCAUCCGACGGCCAGAUGGCCAUAUAAUGAUAAGUUACCAGCACUCAACCCAGUCAACAAUGGUACGAUUGAAAGAGGAGCUUGUGAAACUUGGUUACGAAGUUUGGAUCGAUGUUGAUCACAUGUCUCACGGAUCAUUUGUGGAUGAAAUGGCCGAGGGUGUUGAGGGUGCUUCUGCAUUAAUACUGGGUCUGUGUCAGGCUUUUAAGGAUUCGCCUCACUGUCGCCAGGAAAUGCGUUACGCCUAUGAGCAGAGAGUGCCUUUCUAUCCGAUUCUGUUGGAAGAGGACUACAAGCCUGAUGGUUGGUUGGCGUUCAUGCUCGCAACAAUAAUAUACCUUCCGGCCUUUCGCCCCCAUGAUAUACCCAGUGUGGCACAAAAACUCAGUGAGCAGUUGGGCAACUGUGGCAGGAUGGACACCUUAUCGAUUCCCGAGAGCGCGCGACCAUUUAAAUCCGAAUACUCUCCGCUCGCUUCCCAUCAACGAUCUCAAUCGGCCUGUGUUAGUACGCAAGUAUGCCGCCAACCCACUCUCGAGUAUCCGAUGAGCAAACCUCUAACUCCAUCACACAACAGUUUUGACUCUUUUGACAACUCAAACCCUUCGGUACCCAUGGAAUCUCGGAGUUUGUGCCAAAAUCCGACGCUCACUCCCAGUACUGCCACCAGUUCAGGUGUCUUCUUCGAUAACCCAACACCCCAGACGUUUGAAAUGAAUGACACCCACGUUAAGUCCCCCAACGGCAAUUGUCUCUUAAAACCCACGGGACCCACCUCAGCUACGGAGUCAAUCAGGAAUGCUUUUUUGGAGGCGGGUUCAGUAUACAAGUCGCACAACAGUUCCAUCAUCGAGAUCGAUUCUCAGGAAAGCCUCCCACCCAGCUUCAUCCGCAGCUGGUCUGCGGGGCAAGUGGCCAAAUGGCUCACAGACUGCAACCUUUCCAAGUUCACUGAGGCCCUCGACGGCUUGGACGGCUGUUUGCUGUGGGAGCUAGCUCGCCAGAGAAUUGUCGCACCAGAGAGUUUUUGUGUCCAACUGCGUUCGGAGCUCGGCAUGUCCAUUAUUGAGUUUCUGCGCCUCAGUCAUGCCCUUUCCCAGCUUUCGGAUUUGCAUGAAGAUUAA